AUGGCAUCUCAACAAACAGACUCAGAGUCUUCCAGCCCCACAUCAUCCAUUGAGUCAACAACACCACUUGUACCGGCCAGUUCUGCGUCAGACUCAUCAUCUGCCUUUGACUUCGAUGGCGUCCUUGCCAAGUACACUAAGCGUCUCAACGAAGUCCAUAGUCUAUUCAUCGACAUUGCGACGGAUGCAGGAAAGAUAAUGGUUGCAGCCGAGGAUUGUAUCAUCACGACCGUCCACAAGAACAACACAUCCGAUGUAGUCACCAAAUUCGACAAGCAAAUCGAAGCCAUGGCCGAACGACGCCUCGCUGAGGCCUUCCCUGAUAUCAACUUCCUCGGCGAAGAGACGUUCAAGCAUGGCACAAAGCUCGCAGACAAGCCGACAUUCAUUGUGGAUCCAAUCGACGGCACACUGAACUUCUCGCUUGGUGUACCCAACUGCGCUAUCUCUCUGGCCCUGACUAUCGACAAGAAGCCUGUCGUUGGAGUCGUAUUCAACCCUUUCCGCGGUGAUAUGUACCAUGCUGUCAAGGGUCAAGGCGCCUACCUGACCAAGACCUUCACCAACCGCAAAAUCAAGCUGCCUGUCCAACCCAUUCCUAAGCCGAUGCCAUCGCUCAACUCCUGCCUCAUGGCCGUCGAAUGGGGUAACCAGCGCUCUGGUCCCAACUGGGCACUGCGCACGUCGAUCCACAAUGCUCUCCUUACCUCCAAGAUCGAGGGCGGCGCAAUGUGCAAGUCCGUACGCUCAAAUGGCUCCGCAGCACUGGAUUUCUGCUACGUAGCUCACGGCAUGCUCGACGCGUUUUGGGAAGGAGGUGUGUACUCCUGGGACGUCGCUGCCGGAUGGUGUAUUCUGGAAGAGGCUGGUGGCGUUGUUGUGAGCGCGAACCCUGGAAAUUGGGACCCAGAGCUAGAGGGUCGUCUUUACUUUGCUGUACGCAAUGCGAAGCGCGAGGAUCAGCGUGCCGUUAUUCAGGAACUGUGGGGGAUGAUGGGGGAUCGGAAGUUUGUGUUUCCUUGA